GUGUGAAAGGAAGUAUCGUCACUUUUAAGUCUGUUUUCAUCAAGAAAGGAGGAUUUCAUCUCUAUUCCAUUUCAAACACCCCAGCUGUGAUCCUCAGAGAAUAUGGAACUUUGGCAAAUAAAAGUUUUCCUCUAUAUUUUUCUACUUAUACUGGGCUGGUUAAAUCCCUUAGUCGUGGUUACUGGAGUUGCAACACAAUAUUGGUUCACAAAAGAUGGGCAAAGAUUUCUAAAUUAUAUCGGCUUCACUAAAGAAGGAAUAUCCAGUGGUACUCUGGCAUCGAGCCUGUACUCACUCUGUGCCAGGUACAACGUUGGUCUUGGCGUGCUGGCGACCCUACAGUCCAUAGGUCAGAAAGGGAGAAUCAAGCUGAAAGGCAGGCUCAUUAGUGCGGCCGUUGCGUCAUGUACUGCCUUGUUGGUGCAGUUUAUGCUUGGUUUCAUCGUCCGAUAUUGAUUAACUGUAUUUUUUUUUUUAAGUUUAUAACUCAUUAUGAUUUUUGAACAAACUUAACUGACGUGUAUUUUUUUAACUGGUAGUGUUGUUAUAAAAAUAUUUUUUUAUUUAAAUAAUUAAAUCGUCCCCAAAAAAAAAAAUUUCAUUAAGAUAAAAACAUAAAGCAACAGUUCUAGUGGACAUAGCUGGGGUGUUUGUUUCAUGCCAUUCCAUAAUUUCAAGUAUUCAUCAAUUCCAUUUUUUUUUUGAGAAACAUAACUUCAGAUGUAAAAGUAUGACAUAUCUGUUUAUAUUUUAAACAUGAUUCAAGA